GAAGAAAACCCUAAAUGCCCUAUAUAUAAACCCUCCUAUAAAUCAAUUCCCCUCUUCACUAUCUCCUCUCCAGCCUCCUCAUCUCUCUACACAAGCCUCCCCUCUCGCCUCGCUUAACAAACCCUAAAAAUGGCGGAAUCACUCACCCUCAAGGGCACUCUCAGGGCUCACACCGACUGGGUCACCGCAAUCGCCACCCCAAUCGACAACUCCGACAUGAUCGUCACCUCGUCCCGCGACAAAUCUAUCAUCGUCUGGAAACUCACCAAGGAGGACAAGUCAUACGGCGUCGCUCAGCGUCGUUUAACCGGCCACUCCCAUUUCGUCCAGGACGUUGUUCUCUCUUCCGACGGUCAGUUCGCGCUUUCCGGCUCCUGGGACGGCGAGCUCCGUCUGUGGGACCUCUCCAACGGGACCACCGCGCGGCGCUUCGUGGGCCACACUAAGGACGUGCUGUCCGUGGCGUUCUCGAUUGAUAACCGUCAGAUUGUGUCGGCGUCUCGUGACCGUUCGAUUAAGCUGUGGAACACUUUGGGGGAGUGCAAGUAUACAAUUCAGGAUGGUGAUGCGCAUUCUGAUUGGGUGAGCUGUGUGAGGUUCAGCCCGAAUAAUGUGCAGCCCACGAUUGUUUCGGCUUCGUGGGAUAAGACUGUGAAGAUUUGGAAUUUGAGUAAUUGCAAGCUCAGGUCCACUCUUGCUGGGCAUAAUGGUUAUGUGAAUACCGUUGCGGUGUCUCCUGAUGGUUCGCUUUGUGCUAGCGGUGGCAAAGACGGUGUGAUUCUCUUGUGGGAUUUGGCUGAGGGCAAGAAGCUUUACUCUCUCGAUGCUUCUUCGAUCAUCCAUGCUCUUUGCUUUAGUCCUAAUAGGUACUGGCUGUGUGCUGCUACCGAGUCGAGCAUUAAGAUUUGGGAUCUCGAGAGCAAGAGCAUUGUUGUUGAUUUGAGGAUCGACUUGAAGGCAGAGGCUGAUAUGGCUGCUGAGGGCAAUGCUACUCAGACAAAUGCUGGCAAGAAUAAGGUUAUUUACUGCACAAGUUUGAGCUGGAGUGCUGAUGGAAGCACCUUGUUCAGCGGAUACACAGAUGGUGUUGUCAGGGUCUGGGGCAUCGGACGUUACUAGAUGAGCAUAUGUAGCGAGCAAUUACCAGAUUUACUCUCUCAAUUAUCUUUUGAAUCAAUCUAGGAUGUGUAGACUGAAAGUUGAUCUCUAUCUAGUCUACUUAUUUGUGUUUUCAUCUGUUUUCAGUUUUGGAUAAUUCUAUGGUGUAUGGUUUUUCGACUAUUACAGUACUUGGUUGUUUUGCCUAUACCUCCUCUUUUGCAAAAGCCUUAUGAUUUAUACUAUUGGUUGGUUAAGUAUA